CAGGCGUUGGCAAAAACGACAGCAGCAGGAGCAAUAGCCACGACGCCGCUGAAGUGAUGCAGGGAGCCGCGCACGCCGUGGAGGGGAAGGCGGCGAAGGUGCAAUAAGUCAAGUGGUUCCAGUGUGUGCGUGCGUGUACGUGUUCCACAUAUGUACCCGUGUAGGUGAAGGUGAGGCGCGCUGACAUGCUGCCCUCCAAGAGUUGUGGUUCAGGAACGGCGUUGUGGCUACUUCCGAGGGUCGCCAGGAGCCAUGUUGAAGGCGUUUCGGGGUGUCUGACCUCGUGUCACUGCUCGCCAAGACGGAGGAGUAAGCCUGUGCCCUUAUCCUCGUCAUCCUCGUGUUACCGGGAGGAGGGCGGCGGGAAGGGGAAGGACCUACCCCCUACGUGGGUGUACCUGACGGUGUGGCUGGCGGGGGUGCUGGUGUACGUGAAUGGUCUGACGGGUGACUUUGUGCAUGACGACGUGAGUGCCAUCAAGACAAACCCCGACGUGCUGGGCACCAAUCCUGUGAGCCACGUGUUCUUCAACGAUUACUGGGGCAAGGCCAUGUCCGAUCCCCUUUCCCACAAGUCCUACCGCCCCCUCACCAUACUCUCCUUUAGGUCAGUCAAUAAUACUGUUAUUAUUACUACUCGCUACCUCACAUCCACUCUAUUAUUCUCACUUUUGUACUUAUGUAAGGUGUAA